UGUUGGCCAUGAGUGUUAGAAACGAUUAUCCAUCUUUUUGCACAUACACCCUGCGGAAGCCUUACCACUUCUUUAAAGUCCGAGUUUAAUCGGAUCUUCUAAGCACCCCGUCGUGGUCCUAUGUCGCCUAUUGCCCGACGGGAGGGUUUAGAAUUUAUUGAACCCCUAACAACAAACACAGCAACGAGCCGAGCUGUGCGUGUUUUCUUUGCGUCGUGCUUUUCCUCUCAAGCCGCUCGCAUCUGUCAGCGGCGAGCUGUCAUCACAGGGGCCAUUUUGACAGUAGUCGAGAGAAAAACUCGGCACGUAAGUGCUGCUGGCCUGUAAGUGAAUUUUCCGUGCGGAAUUAUGCUGCAGACCGCCCUUUGCAGGUCUUAAGUAUGGUUUUCUGCCAACAUUGGCCACACUAGAAGCGGUUGGCGAUGGAGUGUGUCGGCACGGUGCGUUCGCGGGCAUCGAAAUUAAUGUUUUUCCGUGUCCAUCAGGGAGUGAGUUGCGUGACUGCAACCGAUCAGUGACGGUGGCGCUGACAGUCGAUUCUGGUGCGUUUGCGUUUACGUGCUGUACAAGUGUGUGUGUGCGCGCUUGCGUGCGUGCGAAGGUGAGAAUGUGUUGGUGUGAUGUGUAAUUUGUUUUGAUGUUUGGCUUGGCGGCGGAUAAAAACAUAAACAUUGGAUCACUUUGAACGUACGGCACAACGGAGCCAGUAGGAUCGCUAUCGUUGAUCAGUGCUGGCAAGUGCUGGCGUGCCCAACGCAAGGGAACAAUAAAUUUGACAAAAAAGCAAAUUGAAAUUAGCCGUGCGAGCAGCAGAUAGCCAUCAAUCAUGUCGAUGGUAAAGGUGUUGCAGUUUGUGAACGGACUCAAGUCCCGCAACAAGGAUGUGCAGAACAAAGCGAUCAAGGAUCUGUCGCUGUACGUCAAGACGGAGCUGCGCGAAACUCCGGACGAUUUGUUCUUCGAGGAUUUCAAUCAUCACAUCUUCGAGAUGCUCGCCAGUCCGGAUAACAAUGAGAAAAAGGGAGGAAUAUUGGCCAUCGAUUGUCUCAUCAACGGUGACGUCGUGAAUACGACGAACAAAAUUUCCCGCUACUCCAACAAUCUGCGCAACCUGUUGCCGGUGAGCGACGUCUGCGUGAUGGAGUUGGCGGCCAAGGUGCUGGUAAAGCUGGCCUUGCUACCCGGCUCCAACGGUGCCAGCUCGUUCGAGUUCGACAUAAAGCGUGCCUUCGAGUGGCUAUCGGAGGAACGGGUGGAAAACAAGCGACAAGCGGCUGUGUUAGUGUUGCGCGAAUUAGCCGUUGCUAUGCCAACCUUUUUUUACCAGCAAGUGGGAAGCUUCUUCGACCACAUCUUUGUCGCUAUAAAGGAUCCGAAAGCGGCCAUUCGGGAAGGCGCGGGCCAGUCGCUGCGUGCCGUACUGAUCGUGACGUCGCAGCGCGAAGGAACCAAGCAGAACAACAACACCCAAUGGCACAUGAACUGUUACGAUCAGGCCUUUGAAUGUUUGCGCGAUACGGUGGGCCGAGAAAAGAAUUUAAACCGCGACGAUCGGGUGCAUGGUGCGUUGAUCGUGUUUAACGAAAUCCUUCGCUGCUCGCAUGCGGCUUGGGAGAAAAAGUACGUACAGCUAGAUAGCUUACAUGUCGAACAGAAGCGUACGGUUCGGGGACAGCGAGAGGACGAGGCAGCGCGUGGCUUCUUUCCACGCAUUCGUGUGCCUUUUAUGGAGAAGCUCGGAAGUCAUUCGGGGCAUGGUUCGGUUAGCUACAGCUCGCGCUACUACGAUGUCGUGACGGAUUUGAAGUUUUUCCGCCAGAACAACAGUGUACAGGAGUCGGCAUUGUAUCGUGCGUUGGUGAAGGAAAAGUAUGACACCAUUUGCCAGGCAGUCCUCGACCAGCGUAGUUCGAAAUCACCCUACGUCAUCCAGACACUGUUGACCAUCUUUCCUCGCUUAGCAGCAUUCAAUCGGGAGGAGUUUGUGAGGCUGCAUCUGCGUACGGUGGCAAACUAUCUGCUAACGUUACUGCGGAGCAAGGAGAAGGAACGGAAUGCUGCAUUUAUAUCGCUAGGGUAUAUUGCCGUUGCGGUGGAGAAGGAAAUCGAACCGUACACGAAGCGCAUCAUGGAACUAAUUGGCAGCGCACUGCCACCGAAGGACACACCGAGCAAGCGGAAAGUCCCUGUAGAUCCGUCAGUGUUUAUGUGUGUGAUGUUGCUAGGACACGCGCUCAAGGGUGGUAUAACGCACGAGGUGAAGGAAAUCAUAGCACCCAUGCUGUCAACCGGGUUGAGCCCUGCGUUGAUCGUUUGUCUGCGGGAACUGUGCGAGACAGUGCCGCAAGCGCAGCCCGAAAUCACGGCCGGCCUGCUGAAGAUACUGUCGUAUGUGUUGAUGAACCGCCCGCUGCCCCAAUUUAUCGUUCCCAAGUCCCAUUCGGUAGCGUCGCCAGCGUUUUUAAGCACUCUGGAACAGCAGCAUCAGUCGCAACCCACACAGCAGCAGCAACAAGUUCACGAUACGGCAACGAUCGUGUUAGCACUGCAAACGCUAGGAACGUUCAGCUUCGAAGGAUGCAGCCUGCUGCAGUUUGUGCAACGCUGUGCCGAUCACUUUCUCAACAGCGAGCAGCAAGAGAUCCGCAUUGAGGCAGUUCACACGUGCACGUUGCUGUUAAAGCUGGCCCUGCAGGCAGCCGACAGCAAUGGGAAUGACGUUUCCGAAACGCUCACGCAAACGCUCAGCUCGGUGCUGGAGAAAAUUCUAGUCGUUGGCAUUACGGACGUGGAUCCGGCUGUUCGUCUGCGAGUGUUGAAAUCAUUGGACGAAAGCUUCGACACCCAGCUGGCCCAACCGUGGUUCCUCAGCUCGCUGCUGGUUACCAUUCACGAUGAGGUAUUUGAAAUACGCGAGCUCGCGAUCAUCAUCAUCGGUCGGCUGGCGACGAUAAACCCUGCCUACGUAAUGCCGAGCUUGCGCAAGACGAUGGUCCAGCUGCUGACGGAACUAGAGCACUCGGGCGUUAGUCGCAACAAGGAGCAGAGUGCGAGGAUGCUGGAUCAUCUGAUUGUCAGUACGCCCAGGUUGGUGGCGUCGUACAUGCGCCCGAUACUGACGAUACUCGUGCCAAAACUCAAGGAACCGGAUCAGAACCCGAGCGUAGUGUUGAACGUGCUGCGCGCGAUCGGCGACCUAGCCGAAGUGAUCGGUGGGCAUCAUGUGCUGAAAAAGUGGUCGGACGAACUAUUGCAGCUACUGCUCGACAUGCUGAGCGACGCGGGAUCCACGGAGAAGCGUGCAGUUGCGCUUUGGACCUUUGGACAACUAGUCAGUGCCACGGGACAGGUGGUCGUACCGUACAACAAGUAUCCGAACCUGAUAGACAUAUUGAUAAAUUUCCUCAAAACCGAGCAGCAGCUGUAUGUGCGCCGGGAAACGAUCCGCGUGCUCGGACUGCUUGGGGCGCUCGAUCCGUACAAGCACAAGAUGAACCGCGGGCUGAUCGAUAGCCAGACGAGCGCCAACAUUCUUAUCUCCGUCGACACGAAAAGUGACGAGCCGACGGAUCUUUCUACGUCAGAAAUGCUGAUCAACAUGAGCACGCAGCUCGACGAAUACUACCCUGCGGUGGUAAUAUCGACGCUGAUGAAAAUCCUUCGCGAUCCCACUCUGUUCAACCAUCAUCUGAGCGUUGUGCAGGCGAUCACUUUCACGUUUACCAGCCUGGGCAUAAAGGGUGUGCCGUAUCUAUCGCAGGUGCUGCCCUGCCUGUUGCGGAACAUCGUCACUGCCGAGAUGAACCUUAAGGAGUACCUGUUUCAGCAGCUGUCGACGUUGAUAUCGAUCGUGAAGCAGCACAUUAUAGGCUUCAUGGACGAUAUCUUCGAGCUGAUCAAGACCUUCUGGACCACCGGCAAUAGCCAGGGUGGAGGCGGCGGUGGUGGAGGUGGUGGAUCGACGUCGUCGACGACCUCAACAGCUUCGUUGCAACCGACCAUCAUUAACCUGGUGGAGAAGAUCGCCAUCGCGCUUGGAUGCGAGUUCAAGGUGUACCUGCCUCAGCUGAUGCCGCAAAUCCUGCGUGUCCUGUUGCACGACACCUCCAAGGAUCGGGCCGUUACGGUGAAGCUGCUGGGGGCGAUGCGCAACUUUGGCAACAAUCUAGACGACUACCUGCAUCUGAUCAUACCGGCCAUCGUGAAGCUGUUCGAGCCGAUGGACAUUCCGCUGAAUGUUUCGAUCACUGCACUGCAAACGAUCAACUAUCUCGCGGAGGUGCUGGAUUUUACCGAUUUUUCUUCACGCAUCGUACAUCCGCUGGUGCGCGUGCUGGACAAUUAUCCCGAGCUUCGGCCGGUAGCUCUCACGACACUUUGCUCGAUAAUGAUUCAACUGGGACGCAAAUAUUUGGUGUUCGUGCCGCUGGUAAACCGUGUUAUGAUCAAGCACAAGAUCCCUUCGGUUGAGUACACGAAGCUGCUGACCAAACUGCAGAACAAUAGUACGCUUGCGAUGGACGACGAGUUCCGCAUACGACAGGCGCGGAAUCGCAAUCGAGAGAUUUCGCUCCCGAGUGACAGUACGAUCAAAAAGUUUCCCGUGUCCAUGUCCGAUCUGGAGGCAAUGUUUAAGGCGAAUCGGCGCGUCUCGAAGGACGAUUGGUUGGAGUGGCUAAGGCGGCUAAGCAUCAUUUUGCUCAAGGAGUCGAAAAAUCCGGCACUACGAUCGUGCGCCACCCUGGCGCAAAACUAUCCGCAGCUUCUGAAGGACCUGUUCAACGCAGCGUUCGUGUCGUGCUGGUCGGAUUUGUCGGACAAGUUGAAGCAAGACCUCGCCCACAGCCUCACACAAGCGCUCACAGUGCAAGACCUACCCGAAAUCACGCAAACGGUGCUGAACUUGGCCGAAUUUAUGGAACACUGCGAGAGCAAUCCGCUCAAGAUCGAUUCGAAGAUUCUGGGCGAGCGUGCGAUGGAAUGCCGUGCGUACGCGAAAGCACUGCACUACAAAGAGGAAGAAUUCCACCAGACAGAGGAGCACCACCAGUCGCUGUUCGAGUCGCUAAUCCUCAUCAACAACAAGCUGCAGCAGAAGGAGGCUGCGGAAGGGCUGUUGGAGUACGCUGGCCGGCACCGUUCCAGUGCGGAGGAGAUGAAGGUUCAGGUGCGAUGGUACGAAAAGCUGCACAGCUGGGAGCAAGCACGGGCCCUCUACUCCGAGAAGCUAAAGUCCAACCCGAACGAUCUGGAAUCGCGGUUGGGCGAAAUGCGUUGUUUGGAGGCGCUGGGUGAGUGGUCCGCGCUGAACGCGGUAACAACGGAAAACUGGGACACGCUCGGUUCGGAGGGACAAAGCAAAGCGGGCCGAUUAGCGGCGGCCGCCGCCUGGGGUUUGCAGGAUUGGGAUGGGAUGCAUCGGUUCGUACGUUGCAUUCCGGAGGACACGCAGGACGGUGCGUUCUAUCGAGCCGUGCUGGCGGUGCAUAACGAACAGUACGAGUUGGCGCAAAGUUUGAUCGAUUCGACGCGUGAUCUGCUCGACACGGAGCUUACCGCCAUGGCCGGUGAGUCGUACGAGCGGGCGUACGGUGCGAUGGUGUGCGUGCAGAUGCUGGCAGAGCUGGAGGAAGUGAUCCAGUACAAGCUGAUUCCGGAGCGACGGGAAACGAUCAAAUCCAUGUGGUGGGACCGGCUUCUCGGCGGCCAGCGGCUCGUCGAGGAUUGGCAGCGUGUGAUUCAGGUGCACUCGCUGGUGCUGUCGCCGAAGGAAGACAUUCGCACGUGGCUUAAGUUUGCCUCGCUGUGUCGCAAGAACGGCUCGUUGAAGCUGUCCGAAAAGACGCUCGUCAUGCUGCUCGAGUACGAUCCGAUGCAGAAUCUGAGCGAAGCGCUGCCGAUCGAUAAACCGCACGUAACAUUCGCCUACACCAAGCAUCUCCAUAUGGCCGGCUACGUGAAGGAAGCGUACGAUCACCUUAAUCGCUUUGUCGCUUCGUUCAGCCCGCAAGCGUUCACGGCAAGCAGCGGCGCCGGUGGUCAGGACGACCUGAAGGACGAGAAUAGGCGGCUUUUGGCACGGUGCUUCCUCAAGCUGGGUCUGUGGCAGAGCAGCUCCACCAGCGGCAAUCUGCUGAAGGAACAUCUGGUGAACGGCAUUCUCGUGUGCUACAGCAGAGCGACCAAACACGACUCGAACUGGUACAAGGCGUGGCACAACUGGGCGUACAUGAACUUCGAGGUGGUGCAGGCGAAGAAGCAACAGGAAGAGUACACGAAAAACCCGGGCAGUGCGGCCGAGCGUACCAUGAUCAAGCACUACGCCGUACCGGCCGUCCGUGGUUUCUUCCAGUCGAUCAACCUUUCGCAGGGCAAUUCGCUGCAGGACACGCUGCGGCUGCUCACACUCUGGUUCGAUCACGCCCAGUACGAGGAGGUGUACGAGGCGCUGGUCGAAGGGAUGCGCGUGAUCGACAAAAACACCUGGCUGCAGGUGAUACCGCAGCUGAUAGCCCGCAUCGACACACCGCGCAACCUGGUCGGGCAGCUGAUCAACUACCUGCUGACGGAGAUCGGUAAAACGCACCCGCAAGCGCUCGUCUAUCCGCUUACGGUCGCCUCCAAAUCGGCCCCAGUCACGCGCAAACAGGCGGCUCACAAAAUUCUCAACAACAUGUGCGAACAUUCGAACACGCUGGUCAAUCAGGUGUUGCUGAUCAGCGAGGAACUGAUCCGGGUGGCGAUCCUGUGGCACGAGCAGUGGCACGAAGGACUGGAGGAAGCGUCACGCUUGUACUUCGGGGAGCAGAAUGUAGAGGGCAUGUUUGCGACGCUGGAGCCACUGCACGCGAUGCUGCAGCGCGGUCCGCAAACGCUGAAGGAGUCGUCCUUCAAUCAGGCUUACGGGCGAGAUUUAUCCGAGGCGCAGGAGUGGUGCAGAAACUAUAAGAGUACGAAGAACAUUCGCGAUUUGAAUCAGGCGUGGGAUCUGUACUACCACGUGUUCCGGCGCAUUUCGCGUCAACUGGUGCAACUGACCUCUCUGGAGUUGCAGUAUGUCAGUCCGAAGUUGCUGGCAUGCCGCAACCUGGAGCUGGCCGUCCCCGGCAGCUACACACCCGGCCAGCAGCUGAUCUGCAUAGCGAGCAUCGAGACGAACCUUACGAUCAUCAGCUCAAAGCAGCGGCCGAGGAAGCUAUGCAUCCGUGGCUCCAAUGGCAAAAACUACAUGUUCCUACUGAAAGGCCACGAAGAUUUGCGUCAAGACGAGCGUGUGAUGCAGCUGUUCGGGCUGGUCAACACACUGCUGCUAAACGAUCGAGACACGUUCCGACGCAAUCUAACAAUUCAGCGAUAUGCGGUCAUCCCGCUCAGCACGAACUCGGGCCUCAUCGGGUGGGUACCGCACUGUGACACACUGCACAAGCUAAUCCGGGAUUAUAGGGACUCGAAGAAGCUGAUGCUAAACCUCGAGCACCGGAUCAUGCUGCGGAUGGCACCGGAUUACGACCAUCUGACGGUAAUGCAGAAGGUCGAAGUGUUUGAGUACGCGCUCGACCAAACCAAGGGUGACGAUCUGGCCAAGCUGCUCUGGCUGAAGAGUCCUUCCUCUGAGCAGUGGUUCGAUCGACGUACUAACUACAUUCGAUCGCUUGCCGUGAUGUCGAUGGUGGGUUACAUCCUGGGACUUGGCGAUCGCCAUCCGUCGAACCUGAUGUUGGAUCGGUUGAGUGGAAAGAUUCUCCAUAUCGAUUUCGGUGACUGUUUUGAGGUUGCGAUGACGCGAGAAAAAUUCCCGGAGAAGAUUCCCUUCCGGCUGACGCGCAUGCUCAUCAACGCGAUGGAGGUGACCGGAAUCGAAGGCACGUAUCGGCGUACCUGCGAGAGCGUAAUGCACGUGCUGCGCCGUAACAAAGACAGCCUGAUGGCGGUGCUGGAAGCGUUUGUGUACGAUCCGUUGCUGAACUGGCGUCUGCUGGAUUCGGAUCGACUGCGCCGUUCGAAGAAUGCGGGCGAUAUGGACAGUGUGACGGGCAGCAUGCAGGACGAUUCCAUCCUGAGCUACAAUGCCCGAAGGGACGCUCGGUUGAACGAGCUAAAUGCCGGCAACGGGGGAGCAGCGUUGCCAGUCGGUGGGACUGGCCCACCAUCCGCCACUGUAAAUGUUCCUUCUGGCGGUGCGACUGCCGCCAUUCCCGUGCCCUCUGGUGCGGCUGCUUCGGGCGCCUCAGCUGCUGUACCUGCAGGAGGCGAUGCGCCGGAUGGGAACUUCCCGGCCCAGCAGAAUCCGGUCGAUGUGACGAACAAAAAGGCUCGUGCGAUUGUGGACCGAGUGAAGGACAAGCUGACCGGUAAGGAUUUCGGCAAAGCGGAACCAGUGGCCGUCAAUCGACAGAUCGAUCUGUUGAUUCAGCAAGCAACGAGUAACGAAAAUCUCUGCCAGUGCUACAUCGGUUGGUGUCCAUUUUGGUAACGAACUCAACUCCCAGGUGUGUGUGUUUAUGUGUGUGAGUGUAUGGGAUAUCGGCCUUAAUGUUUCUUUGUUCAGGUAUCUGUAAAUAGUGCUUCAGUGGGCCGGUGUUUUGUUGGAUCCUUGGUUGUCCUUCGAUAAUUUAACAAUAUGCAAAUGAUGCCUAAUGUUACAUAGUUUACAGUUCUGUCGACAGUUAUGGUUUAAAUUUACGUCGCUUACACUCUAUAUACAAAGCCCGAGAACGAUUAAUAAUGAAACAACCGUAUGUAAUAAAACAAGCAAUAGGAAGAGGAGACAAU